AUGCCGCUCCAUCUCCCAAUGAUAGCUUCUCGCCGUGGAACGGGGCUUUGCCCGACACCUCAAGGCACUGAAGACAGACUUUCCGAUUCGACCAGCCCGAGCUCGACCGAAGCGUCCACUACCACAGAAGAGGUCACACAAACCUAUGCGCUGAACGCUACCGGCUGGUGGUUCGAUUACUAUGGCGCUCACGGGGACAUGUACCACUAUGUCAACUACUUAUAUCCCGACUUCGAGGCCACUUUUGAUUACGACCCCUUGACUUGCAAGAAGGGCCAGGGUGGCAUCCAGUUCCGUACAUCCGCGGAAUACUAUUUCACGUUCUAUCAAUGGGAUGGACUGCCUGUUCACGAGAUUUUUGCUCCGACGCACGUAACAGACGAACCAAAAAUAGCAGCUUCGAUGUUUGCGGUAGCUCGCGCUGAUCGAUGCUGGGCCGCCACUUCUGGCUACUUGGUGCGCAAGAACCCGGAUGUCGCGGGGAUUGUUGGGAUUGCGAUGGGCAUGGAUGCCCUAUGUCGCUUCAUCAAUUUGAUCACCCGGAUCAUGCACGCC